UACGUAGUUUAUCCUGAUUCAGCCCCAUCACCGGUGCCUAAUAUUAUCUUGCGAUGGCCCCAUGAGUAUUAAAUCUGCCCGCACCCCCUGAUAAGAUAAAUUUUUUUGUUUUGGCUUCUUGGCUCCGGUUCCGCUUCCCCAUCAUCAGCAAACACCAAACACCUACCUUUGUAUACAACAUGGGUGUUAAACCCUUCCUGCUAUCGUCCCUUCUAUGGGCCGCUAGCACCACCACCGCCACAGCAGCAUCGCCAUCAACAACGCAAAAUGCCAACCACAUCUUCAACUCCAUCCACUCCUCCAUGCGACAAUGGGGCUCCUCCCUCCAACACAACGGCAUGUCAUUAUUCCUUGCCUCCGUUCCCGCCGGCACGCAGUUCUACCACGGUACCUCGAUCCCCGACCCCAUCAACGGCACGGAGUGGCUUGCCUUCGAGCCGGAACAUGCAAUGGUGUUCGCGAGGGCGCACAUGGGACCCCGUCCGGGUGGAGACGACGAUGAUAAGAAGAGGAAGGAGUUGAGGAAGCGCGAUGAAGAAACAGAGGAAGAGAAAAGUUCGGGCUGGUUACAUACCUAUGUCGCUGCUAAGGAUCUGCGACUGCUUUACGCCGAUGGCAUGUCAGCUGGAAAGACACGUAACGGGACGCUUGACUUCGAGGAUCGGGUCCUGUUCCGGGAUGAAGUAGGCGAAAAAGAGAUGAUGGGGGAUCGCGAACGGGCGAACAUGUUCUGUCGCAUGGCGAAAGAGGAAUGGGAUGAUCGGGUGGAUGGCUUGUUGCGCAUGGAGGCUGGGUUUGAGAUCAUCCUGUGUGAUUUUGCUAGGGAUUUGAAGGAGGUCAGGGUGACGCAGACGAAGCCGAGUUUCUCGUUUGGGGGACCCGGCGGCGGUGGAAAUGAUGACAAGAAGAAGAAGGGGGGUCCUGGAACCAAUGGAGGUGGAGCAUUGUGGUUCAAAGCGAUUGCUGCGCGGUAUGAUGGCAUUGGGGGUAACCGGGUGACGCUGAACUAUGACAACUUCGUGUCGGCGUAUACGUAUGGGCUGGACCUGUUCCAUUCGGUCAAUGAGACUUUCACGCUGCCCCGGUUGACGCAGUUUACGUCGCAGCAGCUGGUCCCUAUCAGGGAAGCGCUAAAUGAGCUGGUGCUGCAACAUGAGGCCAAGGAGGCUACCUUCAACUGGCAGACUGUCACGGAUAUGGUGGUGGAGCGGUACGCGCAUGACAUCCGCUACUUUGCAUCGGGCCAGCUGUCGACGGUGGAGGAGAUCCACACGAAGAUAGAGAAGGUGCUGGGUCCGUUUGUUGACUACGGGGAUCGCGAUGGAGAAGAAGAGGCUGAGCGCUGCUCCAUGCAGUUCAUUCCAGGCGGGGCGUUCGAUGGUGAUGGCGAUGCUGGGGUGGCGGCGACGGCCGUGCAUGCAGUCACUCGCAGGAUAUGUGAGACGAUGGUCCAGGGCUGGCAGGAGACGGACUACAACACGCUGAUUGGGCUUUUCCAGGAUCUGAUGGAGUACCUGGCCUGGACGACGUGGAAGCAAUGCAGCGGAUGCGCCGACCACGAGAUCUGCGUGGUGCCCAUCUGGCCGAUGGGAACUGUAGAAGACUACAAUCAUCCGCAGUGUCACGAUGCAACGAAGCCCGAAAGCGAAGGUCAGAGCUAUUGGGGUGGCCGGCCUGGUGGCCCUGGAGGUCAUCGUCCUCCGUCUUCUGAUUCUUCGUCGUCGGCCGGAUGGAUUCCGAGCUUAGUCUCGUUCCUGCGAUCAUUCCUGGGAGUCGCUCUGGGAUUGCAUUUCUAAUGUGGGACAAAGAGGGAUAAGAAUUUUCCACGCUUAUUAUUUUUGAUUUUUUCAUACCUUCAUCUAAUUUGAACUUGAUUUGACAUCUUACAUAUGAACUUGAAUUUCGGGCAGAGGAAACUCCGCUCAGGGGUGCCCUGCAAAACCAACAUUUGCCUUAGCAAAUAGAAACUGCGUGUAAGAAGAAAAAGAAGCGGAACAGAAAAA